AUAAGUCAUUUGGAUUUUGAAAUUGCACGAUGGUUAUCGAGUGUUGUGUUUAUUAAUUUUAUUUUAUCGAUAAUAUUUUUAAUAUUUGCCAAACAGAGCCAUUUACUCAUUUUCUAUACCUACAAAAUGAAACCGGAUUUUGAGAGUAGUGAAAACAAAGAAGAUACAGUAACUGGUGAUGUUAUCGGAGAUACGGCGUACAGCGAAAGAUUUGUUCUAAAGUUGUUACUAAAAUUCGCUAACUUGGACACGUUAAAGGAUGAAAUGAAAGAAAAAAGCUUCGAGGAAGACCUUUGCACGCUGUGGGACAUGACAGCCGAACGAGAUGUUGUGUUAUUUUUACAAAAGCACGACGUUCUAAACUUGUUCUGUUUCGCUUGGCCUAUCAUUGAUUCUCCUCGAAUCGUUGAAGUUCUAAUAGGAAUAAUUGGUAAUAUGUGUUGUCAGAAAGAAGCAGCGGAAGCCCUUUUAAAACUGAACAAUUUCCUACCUAUGUUGCUAGAGUAUGCAAAAUCUGAAGACAGUUUGACGAUAAUACAGUUGCUACGUCUUAUAAACUCUGGCUUUUUCCUAGCGGAGGAAAACAUAACAAUUUGGAUCGAUAUGUUUAUUAAAGUCGGAUAUUCCAAUGCUCUAUACUUUAUAUUAAAGAACUCUUCAAACAAAGAGUUGUUAGUAACAGCACUUGAAAACUUUAACACAAUAUGUUCCUACUGUAACACAGGUAUAAACAGGACAAAAUUUUUCGGCCAUUUCGUCUGUUCCGAGGCAAUCACAUCCCUGGCGGCAGCAUUCACAGAGAUUGCAGUUAAACAGAAAAAUUGUUGCGACAGAGAUGAAUUAGAAAGGGUGUUAAUAAUAAGUUUACAAAUCACACUAAAUUUAGUUGGAUUUGAUAAAUCGUAUGAAGUACUCAGUGAUAAUAAAUCAGAUGUUGUCAAUAUCAUAUCUAUAGUUUUCUCAUAUUAUGAAAACAAGUUUGUCAAUCAGAAAGAAAUUGAUAUGGAUUUAGUUGAUAUUAUAGAUUCUGCGAGCACAAUAGUAAGAGUUUUACAAAUUGGAGAACUGUGUGAUUAUGAGCAGUAUUGCCUACAGAGCUAUAGUAUGUGGAAGACUUUAAGUUCUAUAGCUAGGUUUGACCAAAACGGAGGCUCGAGCUUUGAAAAUGAUGACAAAGAGGAGCUACAGGCCUUCUCAAAGAAAAUGAAGACUUCAUUGAGUGUACUCAUAUUUAAUUAUCUGGACAAUUGUUCUGACGAGAACUUACUCAAGGCACUGGAUUUGAUAAACUCAAACUAUGAAGACAUAUUGGAUUUAGUAAAUGACAAAUCUUUGGUGAAUGCAGUAUCCAAUAGGGCUGCUAAUUAUAGGACUAGAUUGAAGGAGACUGUGAACUGUUGAAAUAAGUUUUUUUGCAUUGUUAUUUGUACACUUAACUAAAACAAAAUAUUUUGUAUAUAAUUAUUGUAUUUGUGAGAUAUAGCCUUGUAGACCGAUAGUAUAGACAGCCCCCAACUAGCUCAACAAGGACUAGAGGAAAAGAGAUUAAGAAAGAAAUUUAUACAUAAGACAAGAUUGUGUCUUAAUUUAUAAGAAUGAUCCUUGAGUGUUGAGUUGCUUGGUCAGUGUAUAUGUCACCAUAAAAUUGUAAAUACUGUUAGAUUAUAAUCUAUCUUACGAUUGUAAACUGCAACCUGCUUACAAUUUAACAUGUUAUUAUUCAGUAGAUUUUAAGGAAGUAUGUACAAAAAAAAACUGUUUUUUUUAGUAUUAACAAUUUUACGGCAUGUGAAUAUGAACACCACAACUUGUAAUUGUAAGGCAGAGUAAAUGAAAAUGUUUUCAUAAUAAGAAA